CUUUGUUACUAGAUGCAAACUUAACAUUCUGGAAAGACAUCAUCAUGGGUCUUCUUCAGAGUUGUUUAGCUCGAAAAAACAAAGUAGGCAUAAUGAAGGAAGAGGCAGAGGCGUACGAAAAAGUACGGAAAGCCAUGAUCACGGAGGAAGUCACAGAGAAAAGAGGAGGCGUGGCCUUUGAUCUUACAUUUGUCUCCGAGGAUACUCCAAGGAAUCCCCCGACCAGACUGCUUGAGAGUAAAAGGAAAGAUAAUUUUGAGGAUUGGAAAAAGUGUCAAGAGAAGACACAGGCAGAAAAGCAGGAACGGGCCCAACAAAACAGGGAGGAAGCCCGCAUCCAGAAAGAAAUAGACGUGGCCCACAAGGAGAUGGAGAGGCUCGAGAAAUACGUCAACCUAACCACCAAAUAAAUUUGAUAUGAACGCUAAACAAUAUAUGAGUCCAGGGUGCAGUCCCCAGAGACAGAUCUGAAAAUUUGCUGGAGAAAAUUAAUUUUUCAAAAUUUUUCAUGUCUUUCGGAACUUUUGGACUUGAAAAUACCGAUCCCUUCAGUGAUCUUGGAGAGUUUGCCAAAAAUUGUUUAAAUUGUAAAUAAAACAUCAGUUUAAAGAUGUUAUAAAACUCUGUUGUUCUCCCUUUUCAAAAGUAUAAAUAUUUAAUAAUAUAGAUAUGCACAGAA